CUCUCUGAAUUCUAAUAAUCUUCCUCCGUGGUUUAGACCGCUCGAUGCUCUCUCCUUCCCCCAAAAUCCCUGUUAACCCUAGCCGGCCACCGUUUGCCGAGCCCCUGCAGUGCGUCGUCGUCAACCUGAAGUCUUGGUUCCAGAUCAACGGGGAUUUCAGUUAACUCUUGUAUAUUUUGGAUCUGAGCCAUAUUAAUGGCUGAUAAUUCGGGAAAUGAAUCUGGAGGCUCUUCGAACAUGAAAGAAGCUGAGAAACCUCAGAUUGAACCCAUAAGAUUGCCCACCGUUGAGGAAAUUCGUGGUCAAGACAUUUGGAACAAUUGUGCAAUGCGUAGUGUCGUAAGUGGAGUCAUGGGAGGCGGGCUUGGCUUGCUCAUGGGUUUGUUUAUUGGAUCCCUGGACACCCAUGUGAUGCAAGAGGAAAUGAGUGGGAGGCAACAGCUAAUAUAUCAAGCAAAGCAGAUGGGGCGAAGGAGUUGGAGUUCAGCCAAAGCAUUUGCUGUCAUGGGUUUGAUAUUCUCAGCUGCCGAAUGUGUUGUUGAGAAGGCACGAGCUAAACAUGACACAACAAAUACAGUUGUUGCUGGAUGUGUAACUGGAGGUGCGAUAUCAGCAAAAGGUGGUCCAAAAGCAGCAUGCGCUGGUUGUGCUGGCUUUGCAGCAUUCUCAGUUUUGAUAGAGAAGUUUCUAGAGGGCCAUGAUUAAGUAAAUUGAUUUCAGCCAAGUUCGUUUGAUUUUUCAUCGAGGUUGAAUAGAUUGAAUUCUUGGUGAGGAUCUUUUGCUGGUCAAUGAAGGAUUGAAGGGAUAUGUUAGGGAGCACACAAAUUUUAGGAUCUUUUUUUUUUUUUUUUAACACCCUUAUCAUUUAUUGUAUACAAGAUGCCUCUGCGGAGAACUCUGGUCUAAUGAUACACAUUGGCAAUACCUCCCCUUGUGGUUUCCCUAAAAGUCUUGUUUGGGAAACCUGCUUGGUGCAAGUUUUUAAGUGAGGUUUAGAGGGUAAUUUAAUUUUUGGCGGUAGUAAAGACAUUUAAUUAUUAUGUUUCUGUAGUGAUUAUUUAACAAUAUUUUUUAUAUUCCUAAAUUAAGGGAAUAAAGCUAUAUUUGCCUCUUUGGUUCGUAAAA